AUGAUCGGCUUGUACACGCCAUCGAAAACGACCCAUUGCGAUAUCCAAAGUUCCGCCUGGAGGACGGAAGGUUGUUCAAAAAAAUCGUCGAAAAAGAGAUUGGUGCGGAUCGGACGGACUGCUGGAAAAUCGUGGUACCGUCGUACCUACGACCCGGCAUUCUACGACGUUAUCAUAAUGAGUCCCGAACAGGAGGUCAUUUGGGGGUAUAUAAGACCUACAACAAGCCGUCAAACCAGAGCAACGUUUUCCGGCCGGGUAUAUAGGAACGAAGCCCGAGAUUACGCGCUGCUGGCAGAUGAUAAGCUGCGAUCUGUUUGGACCGUUACCGCGAACAUCGCGAGGUCAUCAGUGACUGCACGUCAUGUUAUUGCGGAAUUGGAGGAGAAAGUCUUCCUCAUAUUCGCCGUUCCAGAAAUUUGCAUCGCGGACAACGGUGUGCAGUGCGGUAGAAGCCGUGAGUUUCAGGAGUUCUUAGAGAACUACGGAGUACAACCGUAUUACAAUGCUCUGUAUACACCACAAAAUAACCCGACACUAACAACGAUGAAAACGUUAAUAAUGUCAUAUAUCGAGGAGGAUGAGCGUUACUGGGACCUAGAGUUAAGUAAAGUCGCGUGUGCUCUGCGGACGGCUAAGAUUGAGGCUACGAGGAAAACACCAUACUUCGUCAAUUUUGGGUUCGAAAUGAUAGAUGACGGGCGGCAGUACGCUCUACAGCGAAACCGAAUGUUUUUGACGGACAGUGAAGAUUCAGAGGACGAUGAGGACGGUAAUCGGUAUUUUAAUCGCAAGGAGAUUGCAAAAUGCAUGGAAGAGGGCGACGUCGUCUGGAAGCGCGAGUAUCCUACGACGGACGCUUCUAAGCAUUUUGCCGCCAAGCUGGCCAAACGUUAUAAGGCACCCUUUAGAAUCUCCAAUAGAAUCGGGGCAAAUGUAUAUGAACUGAAUGAUCCGCAGGGACAACCGAAAGGUCGAUGGCACGUUAAGGACUUAAAACCGUAUUAUGAACCCGAGUCCGAGCCUGAGGCAAGUGAAGAGGCCGGAUCCAUGGAUUCCGACCGUGGAGUGUAG